AUUUAUUUCCUGCUAGAAAGUUAGAAAGUAACUGGUGACUCCCUCCAACUGACUCAACAAAAAUAUAUUUAGAGAUAAUGUUGUUAUAGAAAGUUUUAAGAUUGUUCUCAAGAAUCAUGGCGGAAGCUCGAUUUGAUAAUGAAAAUAACAAUUUCCUUCAUGAAAUAUGGAUGAAUGCUGACUGUGAAGAAGAAAUAGAAGAUGUUUUGCAACAAUAUUUAUUAGAAACAUCAACCAAUGAAAUAGCGCAAUUAUUAAAUGAGCAAAAUAUAUACGGAAAUACUCCAUUAUUAGAGUAUCUAUCUUCCAUGGAUCCAAGAUGGGAAACUGUUAAGCAGAUCACACAAUUGGGUUGUGAUGUUAAUAUUGCCGACAAUUUGCAAAUAACACCACUAUACAAAAUUACAGCAAAACAGUUUAUUCCAAGCAGACUUCUAGAAGGCAUGUAUUUAGGCGAUUUCGAAAAAGCUAUUGUUGAACAUCGCAAUGACAACGAAAGGCAAAUUAUGAAAACCUUGAUAAGUGCCGGAAGUGAUGUGAACCAGUCAGACAUUUUUGGUAGACCACCAUUAUUUCUUGCAAAUGAUAUCGAAGUAAUGAGAAUGCUUAUAGAAAAUGGCGCCAGCCUCAAUAUUAGUGACAGAUGUGGUCGGUCAAUAUUGCACUCAAGUUUAUCCAUGCCAAAUCAUAACUAUCUAUUCAAAUUUUACAUCUCAAAAAUGAAACCGACCAUGUUACAAAAACCAGACAUAUUUGGAUCAACACCUUUGCAUUAUGCCGCAAUUCUCCGCAAACAAGAUAUCUUUGAUGAAAUUAUUAAGAAUGGUGCGACACUUGGCAUCAAGGAUAAUGAUGGGAAUACACCUGAAAGUAUUUUACAGUUACAUUUACCAUCUAAAACUGUAACUGUGUUACACGAAAAACGCAUGAGGAAGAAAAUUUUGAAGAACGUCGAUAGUGUUCAUUUUACAGAUAUUUAUAAAAGCGGAGAUCUAUCCAAUAUUGUUUACCAACCGGGAAAGACAGAAGAUAUAUACGAAAUUUUAAACUUACCUGGCCUUUGUGGAUCCUGGGAUGAGAAGGAAAGUGAACAAAUAAAACAAACCAUUGCCAAAUUAGCUGAAAAAUUGUGUGAUUCAAUAGGCACACUCGACCCACGAUUUCAGUGCACAUUAUUUCGAACGGGUAGUUCUGAUGCGGGAACAAAAAUUGGCGAUCCAACAGAAUUUGACUUUGUAUUUUGUCUUCAAAAAUUUUCAGAAUUAUGCGAAAUGGUCGAAGUUCCAACUAGAAAGGGAUUUGCUGAAUUGAAAGCUGUCGACACCUUUCCAGGAAACUACCAUACGUUCUUUGAUGGUAACAAGAAAUGCAAUGCGACAGAAGUACGAUUAGUAUUCUCGAAACUUCUGAAAAGAAUUGUGUUAGAUAAAAAUACAUGGGAUAUUCCAAAUAUAUUCUUCGAUGGAGAUGUAAUGCAUCUACAAGAGUAUGACAGACCAGUGUUCACACUGAAACUGAAAUGGUUUGGACAUGUGUACAAGGAUGAAGAAAUAAGUCUCGAUAUUGUACCAGCCGUCAGAAAAUUUGGUUGGUGGCCAUCUGAUACCGAUUUCACAAAGCUAGAUAUGGUGACUGAAGACAUCCGAAGCGAGGGUUGUUUGCUGUUACUUCAGAGUCCUUACUUUCAGGAUGAUACACUGAUGAGGAUUUCGUGUUCUCCAGCAGAAAUCUGUUUAAUGAAGUCUUUGCCAGGAUACGCCCGAGAAAGCUAUCGAUUAUGUAAAUUACUACGUCACAAAUCCGUGUGUCCUCAGAUGGAUCCUGAUUCGACCUCAGAUGAUUUUCCUUUGUUCGAAGCAGAAGAUUCAAUAACAAGCUAUAUGCUUAAAAACUGUUUCUUUCACAUUCUAAGUGAUUGUAAGAGAGAAGGUCUUCUUCGAAAAGACAUAGAUAUGUCGACAGAAAGACAGUAUACAAUCGAUAUAGCUGUCAAAAUCUUGCAUCACUUUGAUGACCGCAUUGUGUCUCAAUCACUACCCGUUUACUUCACACCAAAUAGAGAAGAUAUUUUCAGAUUUGGAUUCGUUGAACUUGAUCGUGUUGACGAAGAAACUGUUACAAAGCUGAACCAUUUUCAUUGUUUAAGGCGCAGAGCAUUUUUGAAAAUCAUGUUGUAUGUGCUAGGAAAAGAUCUUAGUUACAAAACGUUAUAACGUGUGCGUUGCGAGGUAUUCACACAAGUAAUGUUUAUACCACCGUGAAAAAACUUGCAAAAAAGUUUUUAUAACUUGAUACUUCUAUAACAUGUUACAGUUAAACUUCAUAGUUAAUUGUGUAAUCGCAAUACCAUCCAGGUAACUCGGUACCAUGAAAGCUCUGGCUAUUGAACAAAUUCACGAGAUAACGAUCUUGAACUAUAUAAAGACAGCCGAGAUUGCUCAUACAUAACAGAAGGACAGCCAAAAAAAACGGCGAAUCUUAAUGCUACUAUUUAUGAUCUUAUGAAAGGAAUAGAUUGAAAGGUGUCUAAUUUUGGGAUAGCAAUUACAUUACCAUGAUUACACGCGUUUUUUAUAGGCAUGAAAAGGUGAUAACUAAAAUGCUGCAAUCAUUCAUUUGUUCUGUCUGUUUCAAUACAGUACGUGUGUGAUGUGUUUUGGAAUGCAAAUCAUUUCGGGAAAAUAAUA